AUGGCGUUUGCACUUAGUGAAAAGUCAAACUAUGUCGUCGCCAUAGACUUUGGGACCACUUACUCCGGAUUUGCAAUUGCAAAAAAUUACCCAGGUGCACAAAUAGAGUGUAAUAGAUGGCCAAUAAUAUCUGAGGGAAGAGAUUGGCACAAAACUCCAACAUGCAUAUUAUUCAAUGAAAAACUAGAGUUUGAUUCAUUUGGCUACAAGAGCGAAGACAAGUAUGCAGACCUCCAGUCAAGGGAUGAGCAUGAAAACUGGUACUUCUUCAAAUGUUUUAAAAUGAAAUUAAAAAAAGAAGAGGAAAAGCUUUUGAAAGAAAGGAAUCAGUGGGAAUUGAAUGAUCAUACAGAUACGAAAAAAGUAAAUGCAAUAAUUGUUUUCAAAGGAGCCAUUGAAUAUAUGAAGAAUCAAGCACUUUCAUCCAUUAGAGAAAAUGACAGAGAAUCCGAUAUAAACGAAAGCACUAUUUCUUGGAUGUUAACAGUACCUGCAAUUUGGUCAGAUGUGGCAAAGAACUUUAUGAGAAAAGCCGCUGAAGAGGCUGGUAUACCUAGAAAGAAGCUAACCUUGGUAUAUGAACCAGAAAUGGCUGCUGUGUGGUUUGUGAAUGAAAAUAAAAUGGAAGUUCCUACUGGGACAAAAUUUAUCCUCGUCGAUUUAGGAGGUGGAACUAUUGACAUAACAGUUCAAGAAGUGCUGCAGAACAACAAAAUCCGACAAUUAAUUCCAGCUAUGGGGGUAGCAUGUGGUGGCACAACACUUGAUGAAUGUUUAACGCACACAAUAGAAAAAAAGUUUGCCAACAAUAUUGAUAUGUUUCGCAAGAAUGAGCCCAAAAAAUAUGUAAAACACCAAAGGAAAAUAGAAUUUAUGAAAAGAAGUUAUGGCAAGUCAGAAGGAAAUUUCAUUUUACACGUCUCAAAAAAAUUAAGUAGAUCGGAGACAGAUCAACCUGUUACAAUAUCAGAGGAAGAAUACAAAAGUUUCUUAGCUCCAGUUUUGGAGCAAAUUGAUAACAUAAUUGCGGAAAUAGAAAAAAUUAAGAUAUGUAAGCAAGUUUCUCAUCUUGUGAUCAUCGGAGGAUUUUCAGUUGAUGCCCGAGUAAAAGGAUACUUGCUUGAGAAAUAUCAAUCGAAAUACACUAUUAUAACCCCAGGCAAUCCUGAUCUGGCUGUUUUAAAUGGCGCAGUACUUUUUGGACAACACGAAUCUCUCAUAACUGAAAGGGUUUGUAAAUGUACAUAUGGGUUCGCCGUUUUUAAAAAAUUUGAUGAAACUCACAAAAUUGAAAAGAAACAUCAAAGAGGGGGAGUCACCAUGGCGAAAGAUUGCUUCAAGGUUGUGUUCCAGAAGGGAGAAAGAGUAACGGUCGAUAAAUCUUAUAAGGAAAUUCCAGUGUUUGAUGAAUUUGGGACUGAUAGGGUUGUUAAACGCAAGGAGCCCAUAGUUAUAUAUAUUUUCUCGUCUGAAGAAGAAAACCCUCAGUAUACGGAUGACCCAUAUUGCAAAAAACUAUGUGAAAUGAAAAUGUAUCCUCCCGGAGGCGAAUGGCCCUCGAAGGUGAAGGGAAAAGUUAGGUUCAAAGUAGCGGGAACUGAAUUUGAAGGAGAACUGUAUGACAAUCAAAAUAAUAAACAAGAUGAAUGUGUAUUUGAUUAUUUGAUUUGA